UGUAGGAUCUAACAGAAAAAUCAAGAAUCGAGUUGGCUAGAAACUUGACAGUGUUGUCCUGUUCUUUUGUGUCCUAAAACAUCAAGAAGCCAUGUUCUCAGGACUGAAGAGCAGGUCUCUUCUUUCUUCUAUAAAGUCAACCGGGUUGGCGAGAAGUGCCUUACGAUCGUCCGGUUGUAGGGCUUUUCAUUUUAAAAUCGAAGGUAGACGCUCACAAGAUGGUACAGCCAAGGGACAGUUGUCACGGGAAUAUCCUGUUGUGGACCACAACUAUGACGCUGUAGUUGUUGGUGCCGGUGGUGCUGGUUUACGUGCAGCCUUUGGUCUUGCACAUGAAGGAUUUAAAACUGCUUGUAUCACCAAGCUUUUCCCAACAAGGUCACAUACUGUUGCAGCACAGGGAGGAAUCAAUGCUGCCCUUGGAAACAUGGAACCUGAUGACUGGCGUUGGCAUAUGUAUGACACGGUGAAAGGGAGUGAUUGGCUUGGGGAUCAGGAUGCAAUCCAUUACAUGACAGAGGAAGCACCAAAGUCAGUGAUUGAGUCCUUGAGGUAUGAAACAGAGUACUUUGUGGAGUAUUUUGCACUGGAUCUCCUCAAAGGUCACUCCUUGAGGUAUGAAACAGAGUACUUUGUGGAGUAUUUUGCACUGGAUCUCCUCAUGGACAAAGGAAAGUGUGUUGGAGUUAUUGCCUUGUGCCUUGAGGAUGGGUCGCUGCACAGAUUUAAGGCAAAGAACACAGUGAUAGCAACUGGUGGGUAUGGACGUGCUUAUUUCUCGUGUACAUCAGCACACACCUGUACUGGAGAUGGAACGGCCAUGGUGGCAAGAGCAGGACUUCCUAACCAAGACAUGGAGUUUGUACAGUUUCAUCCAACAGGAAUUUAUGGCGCUGGUUGUCUGAUUACUGAGGGAAGCAGAGGAGAAGGCGGCUAUCUCAUCAACAGUGAGGGAGAGAGGUUCAUGGAGAGGUAUGCACCUACAGCAAAAGACUUGGCAUCAAGUGAUGUGGUGUCCAGAUCCAUGACUAUUGAGAUCAGAGAAGGAAGAGGGGUGGGGCCAGACAAGGACCACGUGUACCUUCAACUGUCCCAUCUUCCAUCCGAGACACUAAAGACACGGUUGCCUGGAAUCUCAGAGACCGCUAUGAUCUUUGCUGGAGUCGAUGUGACGAGGGACCCCAUCCCUGUAAUUCCCACAGUGCAUUACAACAUGGGGGGUAUCCCCACAAACUACAUGGGUCAGGUUCUGACGAAGAAGGAGGGUAAAGAUGAAGUCGUACCAGGCCUAUGGGCGGCAGGAGAGUCCGCGUGCGCCUCGGUCCACGGUGCAAACAGACUGGGUGCAAACUCCUUGUUGGAUCUGGUUGUGUUCGGGCGAGCAUGCGCAAAUUUUAUUUCUAAAUUUAACAAGCCACAUGAGACACUUCCAGAGCUCCCGUUGAACGCUGGAGAGGAGUCCGUUGCUAACUUGGACAAAAUUCGUUACGCCAACGGAAGUACACCUACUGCAGAUUUGAGAAUGAACAUGCAAAAGACUAUGCAGGAACACGCUGCUGUGUUUAGGACUGGUACAGUGUUAGCUGAAGGCUGCCGAAAGAUUGAUGAUAUUUACAGCCAGACAGAAGACCUCAAGUUGUUUGAUCGUGGAAUGGUGUGGAACACAGAUCUGGUUGAAACGCUCGAACUACAAAAUCUCCUCAUCAACUGCAAACAGACUCUUUAUGGAGCCGAGGCUCGUAAGGAAAGUCGUGGUGCACAUGCUCGAGAGGAUUUCAAGGAGCGUAUUGAUGAGUACGACUACUCUAAGCCGCUGGAAGGUCAAACAAACCGUCCUUUUGACAGUCACUGGAGAAAACACACCUUGGCCUGGACUGAACCGAAUACGGGAGAGACAACCUUGGAUUAUCGCGGUGUUAUCGAUGAAACUCUGGAUCAAAAAGAUUGUGCCUCUGUCCCCCCGGCAGUUCGUUCUUACUAAAGGGCAAAACACUGAUUGGGAUGAAAAUCUUUGCAGAGCUAAGGGGGGAGCACUAAUUUAACAGAACUAAUUUAAGUGUAUACUCAACUCGAUUGAGAAUUUAUACUUGUAAAAAGUUAAGGCAAGAGUACCAUAUAACCCCACACAUUAAUUAUGCAUUCAGACUAGUAGACUUUGUUUUUAAAGUUUUGUCGGGAAAGACAACGAAGUGUAAUACAUAAUAAAUGUAUGGGGUUCUGUGGUACUCUUUCCAAAGUUAAAACAAGGAAUAGGGUUUGAAUGCGAGUUACAACUUGAAUGGAGAUGUAUGAAUUUGUUUACGAUUUUGUCUAAAGUAGCACGAGCGCCUUGUUUGUCAUCACUUAACUUUCUCCCUGGCUUCUUCUAAUCUUUCUUGUGAUUACUAAUUAAUUGGUUUUUGUCUCCAGAAAUGCGCUCUACUUUUUUUUGUUCUCUUCAUUGGGUUAGAGAUUUUUUGUUGUUUCAAAAUUUUAAUGAGAAAUUUCCGAUUAUUUAGUUUUGAGGAAAGUUCUCCGUUCAAUGUGGAUCCAAAGUUGCUGGAAUUGCAGUAUUUCUUUUAUAAAUGUUCCUCGAAAGAUAAGGAAAUCAACAAUAGCAUUCAAAUAUUCGAGAGGCAUUUUAUACUGUUUAAGCUAUUCAAUUGUGUAAAAAUGCGAGACAAAUAAACAAAACAUGCUACGAAGACA